ACUGACAAAGAGAAUUUGACUCUGGUUCGUUUUAAACUUUAGUAACCUAAGAGAUUACUCAUUUUGAGGCUUCAGCACUUUGUGAGAGAGCACCGAGAGCUUUUGAGGGAGGGAAAUUCCCCUGAGAAACCAAAGAGACCUCCAUUGACUUUUCAAUACCCUCGUCUUGACCACACCGACAUCCAGCAGAGAUGUACAGCAGCAACAGCUACUCACAGGCCAAGUUUGGCCUGGAGGCCAAGGACAUCCACAAGCCAAAGGGAAAGAGCUGCGGCUAUUACAUGAGGGUGGUCUUCUUCUUCUCCUCUCUGAUCCAGUCCCUCAUCAUCGUGAGCCUGGUGCUGUUCCUGGUCUACGGCCAGCCAGAGAAGUCUGCUGAAGAGAGGAGAGUAGAGGAGCUGGAGCAGAGUUUGAACAGGAUCAGCGAGAACAACAUUAACCUGAGGAAGGAUAAAGCUGACCUGGGAGCUGCGCUGGGGGCCAGGAAGGCUGAGAAGACAGCCCUGGAGGGAGAGGUGGCUGUGCUGAAGAAAGCAGCUAAUGCCUCCGGGGAGCAGAUCAAAGCCCUCAUACUGAAAGCGAGCCAGUGUGAAGCAGACAAGAAGAAAAUAGAGAUGAGCCGUGCUACCCAUGUCCGGGUUCCCACCACCUCUUUUCAAAACCCUUUCAUCGUCGCCACUGCUAACACUGAGGUAAAAACCCUCCAGUCUCUGACCUCCCAGCAGGCAGCAAUGAUCAAACUGAUCAAAGCCAACUUCACCCAGACCAGCCAGUACAUCCGCAUCGAGAGGGACAAUGCCAUCAAGGACCGUGACGCCCACAACCUUGAGACCAUCUCUUUGCGGAGGGAGAACAACAACCUGAAGGAACACCUGACACUCUACACCCAGAAGUGUAAAGAGGACUUUGCCAAGUCUCUGGAGGGGAUCCAAAUGGUGACCAGUAACUUCCUGGUGCGCAUCGACAACCUGUUCCCCCACUCCAUGACCUUUCACCUGACCUGUGAGAAGCAGACAGAGCAGAUGUUGAACAUCAGGGCCAGAUGCUCCAACCUGUCUAAAGAGGUUGAGGACAAGUUCCAGAAAUACCUGGACAACGUGGGGAACAAGGUGGCAAACAUCCAGGCCCAGUCCAGUAGCCUGGAGGUCCAGAACAGCCAUCUGACCCUUGACCUCCAGCAGUGUCGUCAAAACCGCAGCGUGACGGCGGCGGAGGGCAGCAGGCUGCUGCUAGAGAUCCGGGAGAACCACGACAGGCAGGUAGAGACCCUGCUGAAGGAACAGAACCGGUUGAGGGAGGAGAAGAGCCUGCAGGGAGAGAGACUGGUUCUGAAGGAGGCUGAGGUCAAAACACUCAACGGGAAUGUCGAGUCACUCACCACCGCUCUAACCAACUGUAACCCAAAGCCUACUGGACUGAUGUCAGCCUUGAAGGGGGGGCCAUCAAAGCAACUCGCCGGCCCAAAGCCUACUGGACUGAUGUCAGCCUUGAAGGGGGGGCCAUCAAUGCAACUCGCCGGCCCAAAGCCUACUGGACUGAUGUCAGCCUUGAAGGGGGGGCCAUCAAUGCAACUCGCCGGCCCAAAGCCUACUGAACUGAUGUCAGCCUUGAAGGGGGGGCCAUCAAUGCAACUCGCCGGCCCAAAGCCUACUGGACUGAUGUCAGCCUUGAAGGGGGGGCCAUCAAUGGAACUCGCCGGCCCAAAGCCUACUGGACUGAUGUCAGCCUUGAAGGGGGGGCCAUCAAUGCAACUCGCCGGCUCAAAGCCUACUGGACUGAUGUCAGCCUUGAAGGGGGGGCCAUCAAUGGAACUCGCCGGCCCAAAGCCUACUGGACUGAUGUCAGCCUUGAAGGGGGGGCCAUCAAUGCAACUCGCCGGCCCAAAGCCUACUGGACUGAUGUCAGCCUUGAAGGGGGGGCCAUCAAUGGAACUCGCCGGCCCAAAGCCUACUGGACUGAUGUCAGCCUUGAAGGGGGGGCCAUCAAUGCAACUCGCCGGCCCAAAGCCUACUGAACUGAUGUCAGUCUUGAAGGGGGGGCCAUCAAUGCAACUCGCCGGCCCAAAGCCUACUGGACUGAUGUUAGCCUUGAAGGGGGGGGCCAUCCAUUGCAGCACCAGUGAUCAGUAAACCCCACCUGGUACAUACACACCCCUGACUGUCAUCGUCACUGGUGUUACACUCACUGUCAACUGCAGAUUUUAAAGGGUCAAUAAAUAAUUCAUUACAUGUUCAAAAGAUCAGUUUGAGCUGAUACUGAUCUCCUAAUGCUAGACGUUAGUAACGAUAAACCCAGUUUAGGUAUUAACAUGGAAUCAAUCGGACACCACAUUGUAAUCAUGUUACUG